UUUGUUGGACUGGAGCGGGGUUAGGUGCCGAGACAGGCCCCAAAGAGACAGGGGUAAUUCUGGUAAUUUCACAUCCAUCUCCCCAAAUUUGCGAAAGCUAAGCCCCAUGGUUGAUGAUCAAGCAUGAAUCUUUGGCUUUUAGCAAAGCCAAUUGCUGUGCUUUUGGUCACCGUAAGCAGCACCAUCUUCUUGCUGCUACUCUCCUGGCAAAAUCAAUCUCCAAGACCAGCGUCAAUGGCUCGAAGCUUUGUUCUGUGGCUUCAUGGGUUGGGUGACUCAGGCCCAGCCAACGAGCCCAUCAAGACCCUCUUCACUUCGCCUGAGUUUAGGAACACUAUAUGGUCCUUCCCAUCUGCUCCAUCAAACCCAGUGACAUGCAAUUAUGGUGCUAGGAUGCCUUCAUGGUUUGACAUUGGCGAGAUUCCUGUAACAGCUAAUUCUCCAAACAAUGAAAGUGACCUGCUCAAAGCAGUUAAGAGUGUGCAUAAGAUGAUAGACAAGGAGAUAGAUGCUGGCACAAAUCCUAGUAAUGUCUUUGUGUGUGGAUUCAGCCAAGGGGGUGCCUUGACAUUGGCAAGUGUUCUGCUAUAUCCUAAAACUCUUGGAGGAGCUGCAGUGUUUAGUGGAUGGGUUCCUUUUAGUUCAUCCAUAAUAGAACAAAUCCCACCAGAAGCAAAGAGGACACCUAUUUUGUGGUCUCAUGGGAUCGCAGACAGAACAGUAUUUCUUGAAGCUGGACAAGCAGGUCCCCCUUUCCUCGAACGAGCUGGUGUAAACUGUGAGUUUAAGGCUUAUCCUGGUCUUGGCCAUUCAAUAAGCAAUGAGGAGCUCAAGCACCUGGAAUCAUGGAUUAAAGCUCGUCUACCAAGUUCUUCUUGAAGUUGUUCAUGGCUAGCGCAGACCUUGACUUGCUCUAUUUAUCAUUGUUAUUGCAAUCUUCGGAAUUUGCAUGUAAAUUCCUUUGACGAUUUCUGAUAUGAUGUGUAAAUUGUAAUGGCGUGCAUUUUGCUCUACAUUUUGAUAUGAUGUGUCAAGUUCAAAAACUUUGGAUA